CCGAGCCGGCCGCCAGCUUAGCUUCUACGCUGUUCUUGGCGACUACGACAAGGUCUCCCUCUUCUCUUCGCUUCUGGAUCCAAAAUAGGGCGAGGAACCCGACCAGCGAGAGGCACCAAGAAAUCCGAAGAAAGAAGAUAUCUAAAGUAAGAGAGCGCAGAGUCGGUUCAAAAUCCCACCGCAUUCCCCCGGGAUGUCCCCUUCUCCUCGAAUUCGAAGGGAAAGCGGAGAGAUUGAAAACAAGAAGAGAGAGACAGAGAUCGAUUCGAUCUGAGCCGGAUCCAGAUCCGGCGGAAGGAAAGAAGAGGGGAGACGAUGGGGGAUUUCAAUUUGGCGCUGGUGAUCGUGGCGGUGGUGGUGUGCGUUCUGGUCCUCCUGGUGAGCAUCUACUUGCUGGUGAACUACCAGCACCCGGACGAUGUCAACCAGGCCUACUUCCCCAAGCUAGUGGUGGUCGUCGGCCUCUCCAUCGCCGCCAUCUCUAUUUUGAUGCUUCCAGCCGACGUCGCCAACCGGCAUGCGUGCCGGCAUGCCAUCUACAAUGGCGCCUGUAACCUCACCCUCCCUAUGAAGACCCUCUGGUUCGUCGUCUACAUCACCGACGCCGUCCUCGUCUUCUUCGUCAUCCCCUUCGCCAUGUUCUACUACGAGGGCGACCAAGACAAGAGCGUGGCAAAGAGGUUGAAGAGUGCUUUGCUGUGGGUUGUGACCUCCGCCAUUGUUUGUGGGCUUGUUCUUGGCAUUCUCUAUGCUCUGGUAGGUAAAGUGGACUUCACAGUUAGACACCUCAGCUCAUCUGCAAUGAGCUUCCCAAGUUCCUGGACAGUAUUUUCAAGCAAUCAACCUUGUAUAAGUCCAUUGACUCGUCAGUGUGAUGCAUAUACAGCAAAUGCUUCUUCAGAAACGACUUGGACAAUGCGCACCAGCUUUCCAGAAUAUGUGGUUGCUCUUGCAACGAUUGUUGGAUCAGUGUUAUUUGCAAUUUUUGGAGGUGUUGGGAUUGCUUGCCUUCCACUGGGACUCAUAUUUGCAUUUGUACGGCGCCCCAAGGCUGUCAUUACUCGCUCGCAAUACAUAAAGGAAGCAACUGAAUUGGGAAAGAAAGCUAGAGAAUUGAAGAAAGCAGCAGAAGCCCUUCAUCAGGAAGAGCGAAGCGGUAAUAAGGGGAGAAAAUGGCGUAAAAAUGUAAAAUCUGUUGAAAAGGAGUUGCUUCUCUUGGAAGAUGAUAUGAAAGCUUUGGAGGAGAUGUAUCCUCAAGGAGAAAAGGCAGAGACUGCUUGGGCUCUAACUAUCCUGGGCUACUUGGGAAAACUUAUUUUGGGGGUUGUUGGGCUGAUUGUUUCAGUGGCUUGGGUUGCACACAUCAUCAUAUAUCUAUUGAUCGACCCUCCUCUUUCCCCUUUCCUAAAUGAAGUCUUCAUCAAAUUGGAUGAUGUCUGGGGUCUUCUAGGUACUGCAGCAUUUGCAUUUUUCUGCUUCUACCUUCUGCUUGCAGUGAUUGCAGGGGCGAUGAUGCUUGGUCUGAGAUUAGUCUUUAUUACUAUUCACCCAAUGAAGUGGGGAGGAACUCUGAUGAACUCCUUUCUUUUUAAUGUGGGACUCAUCCUACUUUGCUCCAUCAGUGUGAUUCAGUUCUGUGCUACAGCUUUUGGUUACUAUGCGCAAGCAACAGCUGCUCAGGAGAUAUUUGGCCACACUUUGCAGUCUCUCCGUGGAAUCAAAUAUCUGUACAAGUAUAACGUAUUUCAAUAUGCCUUUGUCGGUCUGGCAAUAAUCACUCUUUUCUACUAUGCAGCCUUUGGAUGGAAAAAGAGAAAACCAAGGGGCAGCUUCCAGCUUUCCAGUUGAUCGGGUACUGCUGCUGGCCAGAUUUCCAGCGAUUGCAGCGAUUGCCAAGCAGCUUUUCUAUUAUAGAGUGAUGGAAGUUUGUCGGUUGUACUUAUUGGUGGUCUCUACAGAUGCUAGGAGGAGAAUGGAUUGCAUCGUGUAAAAUAUCCAUGAUUACUGUUGACUAUGAACAAAGUGAUAUGCCCACCUGGGUGCUGUUGGAGUGGAAUAUUGUCGUGUUUUCUUGAUCGUAUUAUUUAUACUUACCCCCUUUUUCUGUUUUUCAUACAUUUUGAUGUAUUAUUUUGUAGUUGGCUGACCCAGUUAUGUAUUUUAAUCUAAUGAGAGUAAAGUUUGAUCAUUUUAUGUGCAA